AUAUCCCGCCCUCUCUGGAGUUCGGAUACGCAACGCCCCAGUUUACAGCCAUUGGGAAAACCACUUCUCCUGGUGCGGCAUUAACGCACUUUUAACCGAUUAACGCAAUUUGUGGAUUUAUGUAAAAGUUUCAGAGGCUGAGAGUGCGUGGGGACGUCAGUUUCUCGUACGUUCAGACACCAAUCGACCGGGCUCACCUGUACAGUCAUGAAGUCUUUCUACCUGCUUGCCACAUUGCUGUGGUGUUUAGCGACAAGUUUCUCCUGGGCAGCUAAGAUCGUGGUGGUUCCUCCUAUUAUGUUUGAGAGCCACCUUUAUAUUUUUAAGACCCUCGCCUCAGCUCUCCACGCCGAAGGCCACGAAACCGUCUUCCUCGUCUCUGAAGGUCGCGAGGUCCCACCGUCCGACCAUUACCGGCUCCAGCACUACCCCGGAAUCUUCAACAGCACCUCGGCCGACGAUUUCCUGCAAUCAAAAGUUAGCAACAUCUUCUCCGGUCGUUUCACAGCUCUGGAGCUUUUCGACAUCCUGGACCAUUAUUCUCAAAACUGUGACGCUGUUGUCGGGAGCGCUUCUGUCAUGGAGCAGCUAAAACAAGAACGUUUUGACCUUCUGCUCGUUGACCCUAAUGAGAUGUGUGGAUUUGUCAUAGCUCACAUUCUGGGUGUCCAGUACGCUGUGUUCAGCACGGGACUGUGGUAUCCCGCAGAAGUUGGCGCGCCAGCACCCCUGUCCUACGUCCCAGAAUUUAACUCGCUGCUAACGGACCGUAUGUCGUUGCUGCAAAGAGUGGCUAACACAGCAGUGUACCUGGUUUCCAGGUUUGGUGUACAGUUCCUGGUGCUACCCAAAUAUGAUCGCAUCAUGAGGAAGUACAACAUCCAGCCGUCUGUGUCCAUGCAUGAUCUGGUUCAGAACAGUCGACUCUGGAUGCUGUGUACUGACAUGGCACUGGAGUUUCCAAGACCCACUCUCCCACAUGUUGUCUAUGUAGGGGGCAUCCUCACCAAACCCCCCAGCCCCUUGCCACAGGAGUUUGAAGCCUGGGUGAAGGACACAGAUGAACAUGGAUUUGUGGUGGUGUCAUUUGGUGCAGGAGUGAAGUAUCUAUCAGAUGACAUUGCUCAGAAACUUGCAGGCGCCUUGGGCCGUCUACCUCAGAGAGUCAUCUGGAGGUUCUCUGGAGUCCCUCCCUCAAAUCUGGGCAACAAUACUAAACUGGUGGAGUGGAUGCCACAGAAUGACCUGUUGGGCCAUAGAAACACACAAGCCUUCUUAAGUCACGGGGGCUUGAACAGCAUCUAUGAAGCCAUGUAUCACGGUGUGCCCGUGGUGGGCGUUCCGCUGUUUGGAGAUCACUACGACACCAUGACGCGGGUUCAGGCCAAAGGCAUGGGCAUAAUGUUAGAGUGGAAAAGAAUGAGUGAGGAAGACCUGUAUACUGCCAUGUUCAACAUCAUUACAGAUAAAAGGUAUCGUGAGCGAGCACAGCUGUUGUCUCAGAUUCAUAAAGAUCAGCCUGGUCAUCCUGUGAGUCGAGCCGUGUACUGGAUCAGCUAUCUACUCCGUCACCACGGAGCCGAACACCUCCGCUCGCAAGUCUACGAGAUCCCCACCUAUCAGUACUUCUUAUUGGACGUUGCUGUGGUGAUAGCAGCGUGCCUGGGUCUCCUCAGCUACUGCUUAUACCGAAUAGGCAAAUUCAUCCGAUUGUGGCUGGGAAGCGGUCCGUCUCCGGUGGAGAAAGUCAACGGACACUGUCAUAACGGAAUUCCAAACGGCAAGCACAACAGGAACGGACACGUUAGAAGUACGGAAAAGAAACUGAAGUAAAGCACUAGAACAAAAUCAAAACUAACGCUUCACUAAAGAGAGGAAUUAACUGCUCUUUACUCAGAACAGGGCCUGUCCAUGAAAUAAACACAUGGGUCAAUAAACAAUGCAACAAACACAAUAUUAUAACAACGAAUUGUAAGAAGCCAAGGUAAGGAUGAAAGACCGGAAAACAUUCAUGGAAAGCUCCCGAGGAUGUUUCUUCCCCUGGUGAACGGAGCUAAUUGGUGGUCCUGAAUGUUGAGCUUACCCUUGUGGAGAUAGCAAAUUAAUGUUUUUAACACCAACACGUGGGGCAUCAGGUUUCAGUGCAUAUCCAAAUACAGAGAUUUAUAUUUAUUUAUGAAACUGUAACCAAUCUUUGGAAAAUUCCGUACGUUUUUGAGCACAGAGAACUGUUGACAGUUUUUUUAAGCAGAGUUUUAAUUUAUGAUCUAUAUUUAUGUCUCGUGCACUCCGUCCCUACAUUGUUCUCAUCUUUUGCAUCACUAUUAAUGUUAACAGUGCUAGCUGUGCACAUCACAAACUCGCCUGCGUUUGUGUUUGGCAGCUUAGACCUAUUUUCUCGUAGAUAUGAAUUUGGCGCUAGCUAAUGCUGCUAGUUUUACUUUUAGGGACUUUGUUGAGGAUAGCAAUCCCCACUUAACAUUAAUUUGCUUGUUUUACUACAUUUUCCACUCUAUUUCGCCUUUUUACAAGGUUCUUUGUUGUGUUGUCCUCAUCUAACGCUAUUUAGUAUGUUAAUAGUAUAAAUCCAGUUUAUCAACUCUUUCCCAACUGUUCACACCUGUUGUUGGCAGAUCUAGAAUCAAUUGAGCUGAACUUUUUAUCUGAUUUAUUAAGCCAUCGCUUCACCGAUGUUUAGUUUUUGACACUGAAAUUCUUCCAGUUAGAUCCUCAAUUCAUGUUUAUCUUAUGUUUUAGAGUAAGAUUCGUUUUUGUAAAUGGGGGGAGGGGGUAUAGUUUUUAUGUGUGUGCUUCUCAAAAUGUCCCAAACUCAUUUUUAUUUCAUUUGAAUGUUUAUCAGAAAAGUGUUGUUAUCAAAGCAAUUGAACAGCAAAAGCUGACAUGUCUUGCCAUGUUCCCACAAAUCAGUAGGCCUGGAGUGACCUCAUGAAGUUUGGUACUGUACUUAACAACACCCACGGUGCUCUGCUCUUUUAACCUUCAGCCAUUUUUAUAAAAGAACGUUCUGUGAAAGGUAAUAUUUCAAUGACAUUUGGUAACGUGACAUUCUUACAUUUAGCUGUUUCACAAAAAGUUGGGUCCUCAUACCAGGCGUUUUAAGGAGACGAACCUAUGCUUAUUAUUUGUGUGUUAAAGAGCGUUCUCACCUACAGAGGUUAUACGUAAGAAAAACAAACAUCCUGAUGAUGAAAUCACAUGCUGGUUUUGAAACUCAUUGUCUGGCUGGAGUGUUACCAGCAACAGUCUCAGAUUGGUAGCGUGUUGAACCAAAACAUUUAUUAAAUAAUUUUGUAAGGAUUUAUUAAUAGCAUAUGAAAUUCUGUAAAGUGAUUUGUGGUAGCAAUGGAGAGAUUUACAGUAGGGCUGAAGAACAUGGAGACCCAGUAUACUUGUGAUUUCCAUUAUACCGAGUUCUAAUGCUUUUCGUGUCUACCAGAGUUACAGUGCACUUCUGAGGACAUGACAUCAACACUUGUAACAUAUAUUUGAACCAGUAGGUAUAGUUUUUUUGAAUAGUUUUUUUAAAUGAAGAAAUUUUAGAGGUGAUUAAUGCUUGUACGUGUGUUAGAAUACAUGAAAACCGCACUGCAAUUUUCCAUUGUUCUGAAAAUCUUGACAAACUGAAAUUCCAUUACUAAGAAUCAAAACCAAAACAGCCUAAAUGAAGAUUCAUUGAAGUCGUAAUGAUUUUAAACUGUUUUACUAUGAGGUUCGGGGCAUUUCUUCAGCCAAGCACUGUUUUAGACUGUCCAUACUUGAAAAUACACUGGCUGCAAAUGCAUCAGGGCUAUGACUGGUGAAACGGUGAUGCACACUCUUACACUUUGAAUAUGUAAUUGUUUUGUAGUUGUUUGUUUUGUAUGUUUUUCAGUAUUAAUAUUAGAUGGUUAACAACAGAGGAAAAGGCUGCAGAUGGGCUCUAACCUUAGAGGCUUUGUGUGUGUGUGCGUGCGUGCGUGCGUGUGUGUGUGUGUGCGUGCACAUGUGUGUGUGAAAGAGAGAGUAUAUUUAGAUCAUAGAUGAUUUAUUUUAUGUGAAAUGUGCAUAUUUCAAAUUUGAAUGGGAUUGCAUGAGCCUACUUGCUUCACCUUAUAUACUGAUAAUUUAAUACCAACGCUACAUUCCUUCCUUAUGCUCUCAUCGUCUUUGUCGAUCAGAUUUAUGUUUAUUGUAGAAGUAGUUAAAGGCUGUUUGAGGAGUUUAGUUUUUUUAUUUCAAAAUGAUUUUUAAUGUAUUUUAUGUGUGUCUGUGUUGUCAUGUACAUAAAAAAGACAAACAAAAUACUAAUGAUAAAUAAACAUUAAAUGUUUUGUUUGCUUA